AUGCUGUUCAGCACAGCCUUCGCAUCCUUGGUGCUUCUGGCCCAAGCCGCCCCAAACGCAGCUCGCGCUACCCCCUACAUCAACUGGAAAACCUUCGUGGCAAGGGGUGUCAAUCUUGGGGGCUGGCUGCAUCAGGAAGCUGUCAUCGACCCCGUAUGGUGGGCCCAGCAUGGCAACGACACUGUUGAUGAGUGGGACCUAUGCACAAAGCUGGGUGCUCGGUGUGGGCCAGUACUGGAACAUCGAUACGCCACCUAUAUUACCACGGACGACAUCGACAAGCUUGCAGAGGCUGGCAUAAACCUUCUUCGCAUCCCUACAGGCUACAAUGCGUGGGUCAAGGUCCCUGGGUCACAGCUCUACUAUGGAAACCAGGCUCGGCACCUUCAAAGUAUUGCCAACUAUGCUGUUCGCCAAUACAACAUGCACAUCAUUCUUGACAUUCACUCUCUGCCUGGAGGGUUGAAUGGCAUGGGGCUGGGGGAGAAGGAGGGAAAUUACGGUUGGUUUCAGAACCAGACUGCUUUGAGCUACUCGUACAACGCUGUGGACGCUGCGAUUCGUUUCAUUCAGAGUUCCGGUUUCCCGGAAGCCUUCACUCUAGCACCUAUCAACGAGCCCGUUGAUAAUAGGGAUCUUACCAAGUUUGGGACACCUGCAGCUCUGACGGAUGCCGGUGCUGCAUGGGUCUUGCAUUACUUCAAAGCCGUUCUUAUGAAGGUACAAGCUGUCAACCCAAACAUCCCUCUGCUGUUGCAGGGAAGCUUCAGGCACGAGCAGUAUUGGUCUCCUUUGUUUUCCAGCACGGAUAAUAUCGCUUUCGACGUGCAUAACUACUAUUUCGCUGGUCGACCUACUACGUCUGCCAAUCUUCCUGAGUGGAUCUGCUCUGACGCUAAGGAGUCAGCUGGCGAUGGGAAGUUCCCCGUCGUCAUCGGGGAGUGGUCGAUCCAGGCCACAACUGCCAAUACCUUGGCUAGUCGGAAGGCAAAUCUCAAUACGGGCAUUGCAGCUUGGGAAAGGUUCACGCGCGGCAGCAUUUACUGGACUUAUGGGUUUUACGGUAAUGUACCUGUGAGUGGUGAGGGUGUGCAGGGCGAUUACUGGAGCUAUGAGAAGUUUAUCAGUGGCGGUUAUGUGGACCCAUCUGCUGCAGUCCCAUGCAAUUAAGCGCGACCUGUCAUCUCAGACCUUGAUGUAAGAUUGUUGUGUCACCAUUGGAAGGUGUGUGGCCG